UCCCUGCUUGGCACUCAACAUCAAGGGCUAGAAUUGGGGGUUGAAUCACCAAAAAUGAUUCCCGAGCGUGGCCAUUGCUGCUGCUCACUGCUCCCCUCACCUCCCAGUGGAUGAAACAAGGGGAUGGGUCAAAUAACAUAAUGUGAUUAAAAAGGUAUUUCCUUGGGUUAAAUCAUGCAAGUUUAUGUUAACUUUAUUUUUGUUACAAACCCAUGUAAAUUAAGAGGGGAUUAUAUUUUUUUGUUCCGGUUUGGUCACGUUGUUGGGGGGACAAUUAAUAUGUGACGGAACUAAGGAAGCAGCAUGAGACAACAGGUGUUUGAAGUGGAAUACAUCAAUGGAACCUCGGAUUGAAAAUCAACUUUAUUCCCUUGGAGUUUAUGAGGCCAAUGAGCACAUUUUAAAUAACGAGGGUUCAGAAGGGGGCCGGUGUGUCGAUACCUUUUGUCACUGAUGACUUGAGUGACGUCACGGCGUAGGGCAGCCGGCCUUGAUGCUCCGCCCUGCCACAAUGCACCUGUUCAGUCACCUGGAGACAAGCAGUGCAUGCUGACUGGAGGCACUGGAAGAGGCAACAGCAGCAGUAUGGAAGGAGUCUACUCAAGCGAAAGGAUGCCUGGAGUUUUCUCCUACGAGAGUUCAGAGCUCGACUGGUGUGAAGACAACUACAAACACUCGGAACACGUGGUGGAGUUCUUCAACACUACAAGCAGCUUCGUUUUCUUUAUCAUAUCUCCCAUCAUGCUCUACCUCCUGCAUCCGUACGCCAAAGAGAGGAACUUAGCAAUUCACCUGGUCUGGAUCAUGAUGUUAUUUGUUGGACUCUUCUCUGCCUACUUUCACAUGACUCUCAGCUUUGUCGGCCAGAUGUUGGAUGAGCUGUCAAUCCUGUGGGUGUUGGCAGCAGGUUACGCCACAUGGUUCCCACGUAGGCUCUUCCCUUCUUUCAUCAAGAACAGGUCCACCUUUGCAAGACUCAUCCUGGUGGUUACGGUCAUCAGUUCGGUCACCUCCUUUGUCCGGCCCACAGCCAACGCCUACGCUCUCAACUGCUUCGGCCUGCACCUGCUCUACGUCGUGGCCAUUGAGAUGAGAUGCUGCACCGACCAGAAGGUUUUAAGACUGGCCAAGCUGUCGGUGGCUUUGUGGAUACUUGCCAUCUCCUGCUGGAUUAGUGAUCGCUUUGGCUGCGGAUUUUGGCAGAGGCUGAACUUCUGCUACCUGCACGGCGUGUGGCACAUUUUGAUCGCGAUAGCCGUGGCGUACGCUACAACGCUCGUGGCUUACUUGGAUGCCAGCUACGAGAUCCCUUACUCGCUGCCUGGACUGCAGUACUGGCCCUGUGAUAAAUGGGCGCUCGGAUUACCUCAUAUUGUCCUGAAAGGGACAAGGAAGACAUUAAAGCGGUGCUAAUGGCUUAAUUACCAGAGUACAAGAGUGUACAUCUCACCUCUUUUGUUUACAAGUGGAAAAAGUACUCUGUAUAACUGUAACAAAAAGUGAAACUAUGUUAUGUUGAUGUGUUGUGGAUACGUUUUUUUAAAUUAAAUUAAUUUAUUUAUGGUCAAUAACUGAAUUUAAAUAGAUGUAGAAGGAUUUUCCUACUGAAGCCAUACGAUGAUGACGUUGUGUUCCAGUAGUAAUGAAUUCAUGUGCAUGAAAAUAACUAUCUGUUAAAUUGAAUU